GGCAAAUUAUUAAGUAGGAAACUAAUUUGAAGGAAAGAAAUUUGAACCUAUUUAAGUAAAGUAUCAGGUCCUUGGAGAAACAGCUGCCCCAUCUGAAGUCUGCAGGUGCCUCUGCCCAACUCAGAGGCUUGUUUCAAGGAAAGGGCUACUAGAUUUUUACCAACAGCAGGCACAGGUAGGAGAUGCAACAGGGACUCCCCAGAACAGGCCAUCAGAGGGAGGAAAAAUGAUGGCGAGCACGAUUGGCUCUCAGUAUUUUUAAUUUUUUAAAGCCUUUAAAUGAUUUCUUCAAGGCCAAACAGCGGCAGCAAAGGUGUCAUUUUAAUUGGUUAAGAGGGAUCUUGCUGACACCUGGCAUGAAGUUACUCCAUUACUGAUCAAGCAGAGAGGGAACCCACUAUGCCCCCGUUUCUGAUCCUUUCCCAGUUCCUUUUUGCUGGUCAUAAAACUAUGCUCAUCAAUCCCACCUAACGCGGGAGGCCAGGAGCCCAGCCUUUGGUGGACACGGGGGUAUAACUGCCCUCCCAUUCUGCCCCCAAGACAAAAGAGGACUCUUGGAAGCCAAGAGAGGUUUUAGAAGUCUUUCUGGACGGAGAGCCGUGCACGGGGGUUCUGCGGAAGAGCGGCCUAGGGGAGCAGAGGAGGCCAGGACCAUGGGGCUGCUGCACGGCCUGCUCCGAGCCCGCAAGCUGCUGCUGAUCGUCUGCGUCCCGCUCCUGCUGCUGCCUCUGCCCGUCCUGCACCCCAGCAGCGUGGCAGCCGAGUACUUUAAGAACACCACGCUGCUGCUGGUGGGCGUCAUCUGCGUGGCGGCUGCUGUGGAGAAGUGGAACUUGCAUAAGCGUGUUGCUCUGCGCAUGGUCCUGAUGGCCGGAGCCAAGCCAGGCAUGCUGCUGCUCUGCUUCAUGUGCUGCACCACCCUGCUGUCCAUGUGGCUCUCCAACACCUCCACCACCGCCAUGGUGAUGCCCAUCGUGGAGGCCGUGCUGCAGGAGCUGAUCAAUGCCGAGGAGGAGCAGCUCGUGGCAGGCAACACCAGCGCCCAAGAGGCCGAGCCCAUCAAUCUUGAUGUAAACAACAGCCAACCUUCCCUGGAACUCAUCUUCGUCAAUGAAGACACAUCGACUGCAGACUUCACUUCUCUGAUGCACAGCAAGAGCCUGAAUGGUAUGCCUGCGAUCACCAACCCCAUCAAAACAGCAAACCAACACCAGGGCAAGAAGCAACACCCAUCCCAGGAAAAGCCACUGGUCCCAACCUCCAGCCCUAGAAACCAGGAGCUGAAUAGAAAGUACAAGUCCCACCACGACCAAAUGAUCUGCAAGUGCCUCUCCCUGAGCAUUUCCUAUGCUGCUACCAUUGGCGGCCUGACCACCAUCAUUGGUACCUCCACCAGCCUCAUCUUCCUGGAACACUUCAACAACCAGUAUCCAGCUGCAGAGGUGGUGAACUUCGGCACCUGGUUCCUCUUCAGCUUCCCCAUAUCCAUCAUCAUGCUGGUGGUCAGCUGGUUCUGGAUGCACUGGCUGUUCCUGGGCUGCAAUUUUAAAGAGACCUGCUCUCUGAGCAAGAAGAAGAAGACUAAAAGGGAAGAGCUGUCAGAGAAGAGGAUCCAGGAAGAAUAUGAAAAGCUGGGAGACAUUAGCUACCCUGAAAUGGUGACUGGAUUUUUCUUUAUACUGAUGACUGUGCUGUGGUUUACCCGGGAGCCUGGCUUUGUCCCUGGCUGGGAUUCUUUCUUUGAAAAGAAAGGCUACCGCACUGAUGCCACAGUCUCUGUCUUCCUUGGAUUCCUCCUCUUCCUCAUUCCAGCAAAGAAGCCCUGCUUUAGAAAAAAGAAUGACGGAGAGAGCCGGGAGCUCUCACUGAGGACAGAGCCCAUCAUCACAUGGAAGGACUUUCAGAAGACCAUGCCCUGGGAGAUUGUCAUUCUGGUGGGAGGAGGUUAUGCUCUGGCUUCUGGAAGCAAGAGCUCUGGCCUCUCUACAUGGAUCGGGAACCAGAUGUUGUCCCUGAGCAGCCUCCCCCCAUGGGCUGUCACCUUGUUGGCAUGCAUUCUUGUGUCUAUUGUCACUGAGUUUGUAAGCAACCCAGCCACCAUCACCAUCUUCCUGCCCAUCUUGUGCAGCCUGUCUGAAACGCUGCACAUUAACCCACUCUACACCCUGAUCCCAGUCACCAUGUGCAUCUCCUUUGCAGUGAUGCUGCCUGUGGGCAAUCCCCCCAACGCCAUCGUCUUCAGCUACGGGCACUGCCAGAUCAAAGAUAUGGUGAAAGCUGGCCUGGGGGUCAAUGUCAUUGGACUGGUAAUAGUAAUGGUGGCCAUCAACACCUGGGGAAUUAGCCUCUUCCACUUGGACACAUAUCCAGCAUGGGCAAAGGUCAGUAACAUCACUGAUCAGGCCUAACACAAGAGCACAAACUGGCCUAAGGUGCUGCUGCCACCCAGCAAAAUCUGAAACCCAAGCAAACUAUCAGGAGCACGCGACAAUAGAACCACGCCUGAGGGCAUCCGGUGCCAGAAGAUCCCACCACCUAUCACAAGUGAAGUGCAAAAAUCUUCCAACAACCACAAACACGUGCUUGGCUGUUAGCGUCUUCUUCCCUGCCUUCCUUUCCUUAGCUCCACAACUCAAAAAACCCUAAAAUUGUUCUUGCUUCCUUGUAUCCAGCCCUUCCAAUCAAGUCUUUCUGAAGACAGGAAAGGAAGAAAGCCUGUCUUGGUUGCCCCUCAGAGGCUAAGCCUCACCAACUUACUAGCCUCACUAGCUUUAUUUUAUUCUUACUACCUUGUUAGGAGUUAAAGGAGACACCCAAACCAUCCUACCUAUACAGAUAGACCAGUGACAUCUCUUUUGGAGGAAAACCUCAUCCAGAACUGGAGACCUAAUGUUAGCUCCUUUCUCGAAGCAUUUCUAUCCUUCCUUAAGUUCUCUCCAAAAAAAGGCAAUUCUUAAUAGAUCUUUGUGGCAAUCAGUACUUUGAUUCCCAUUUAAUCAUCUUUCUCUGAUGGCUCCCCUUUACCUUGGCACCAAAUUUCUGCAUAGAAAUAGUAUUCCCCUUCAGAAGGAGGCUGGUUUUGUUCUAUUUGCCAAAGGAAAGGGAAGUAGAGAAAGAAGACAUGUUGAUAUUAUCAUCUCUGCCUCUACCGGUCACUAACCACAGAUGCCAUUGCCUUGGUUAACUGUUCAGAGGGAGGGAAAACUUUCAGACCUACCUUUUUAGGGAGACCAAAACUAUUAAAGACCAAGUACUAUUAUUGGUAUUAGACUGGCUUGCUUCUGGAUUUAAUGAUAGUUUGUUCCUGAGAAAACAAAGCACUGGUAGUACCCAAAAGUCCAAACAUCAGUCAGUUCCUGCAGGUCUAUGAGCCCCUUGAGGGGGAAGAGAUGUCUGUCUCUUGAAUUCCCCCAGCAACUUCUACAAUGUAGCAAGCUGUAACUGCUCAAUAAAUGGUUCCCAUGAAAAAAUUAAUUCUGGAAAUCAAGGCCUCCUUCCUCCUGAAGAUCAUGCCAUUUUCUCCAUGACACAUGUCCUUGCCAUAUGACUGAAGUUCUCAGUCCCUCCAGUUUGCCGGCAUUACAUAUCUCUUGACGUCUACCCUCAGUUGCUUGCUAAAUAUGUGUAUAUCUUAAUUGAAAAGGAGUCCUUCAUAGUCACUUCACUGUUUUUAACUGAUUUUAAGAUACUAUCGAUAGGGCAGCGACCCCAUAUACGGAGAGUGGUGGGA